AUGAACAAUGAUCAGUUUCGCAAACUUAUAGCUGCAAACUCACAAAAAAGCUCCGCUAAAGAUGGCGCAUCCGCAUCAUCCUCCCCAGUUAGUGGAAAUGCGCUUGGUUCAAGACAAAGGUCAAGCAUCCCAAUGACACCACGCGCCGUAGCUGGUGCUCAAGCGGACUUUGCGCGACAACUUGCUGAGCGCAACAAUGCGAUUCGACCCCAGAGGAAAUUUAAGUCUUAUGAUCCCAAGGGUGUCAAACUUGCGUCAGGCUAUACCGAUCGAUCGAAGGAACGCGACGAAGAUACAGACGAUGAACGAGUAGAAAGACUCAAAGAACUCGAAAAGCAACUGAAAGAUGAGGAGAUCGACCAGGAGACAUUCGAAAAGCGACGAUUUGAAAUUGCAGGUGGAGAUCUAAGCAGCACACAUCUAGUCAAAGGUCUUGAUUUUAAGCUUUUAAGAAGAAUUCGAGAUGGAGAGGAUAUCUACGAGAAGAAGAAAGACGAGCCUGAGAAGGAGGCUGAACCUGAACCGGAAAUCGACAUUGACAAUGAGCUUGAACAACUAGAAGGAAAGGAAGUCGAGGUAACUGCUAAAGAAAAAGCCGAGACGAAGAAAAAAGGUAAACUGUCAACGGUAUCUCUAGCACCUGGGAAAAAGCGAACACGCGACCAAAUAUUGGCAGAAUUAAAGGCAGCACGAGAAGCGGCCAAAGCACAACAGGCAAACGCACUUGGUGAUCGGUUCAAGAAGGUCGGAAUCAAGCAAAAGGCCGGUUCACGAAUAGAGCGCGACCACAAAGGACGAGAAGUUUUAAUCAUCGUGGACGAAGAUGGACACGAGAAGAGGAAGGUUCGCAAAGUCCAGCCUGGUGCUGACGAAGACGAGAGCGACCAGAAUGGUCUUUUGAUGCCAGACAAGGAUGCAAAGCCUCUUGGCAUGGAAGUUCCGGAGCAGUACAAGAAAAUGGAAGAGGAGCCCGAAGAAGAUGAAGACAUGGACAUCUUUGACGGUGUAGGUGAUGAUUACGAUCCCUUAGCUGGCAUGGGUGGUUCAGACUCGGAUUCCGAUGAGGAGGAUGAUUCCAAGAAAGCGAAACAACAGAAAACCGACGAAGAGCCUACUGCAGAUACUUCGAUGCCACCACCACCGAGACCACAAGCACCUCGAAACUACUUCGAAGGUGCCAAGACGGGUCUUGUGUCAGAAGAAGAACGGAACAAGGCGCCAUCUAUGUCUGAUCCUGCAAUCAUGGCAGCGUUCAAGCGUGCGGCGGCUCUCAACCCGAUCAAGAUAGAGAAAGGCGGCGACGACGAAGACGACGAAGAGGAUGGCGAGGAUGAAGAAGCACGGAACGAGGCAAUGGAAGAACGGAAGAAGAGACUCAUGCAAAUGGCAGAUCGAGAUGACGAAGAUCUGGAUAUGGGCUUUGGUACAAGUCGUCUUGCUGACGAGGAAGACUUUGACGAGAGAAGAGUCAAGCUCUCGAAGUGGGGCGGAAAAGAUGACGAUGAUGAUGAAGGACAAUCAAAAGGUGGACCAAAACGAAAGCGAGGAGCAAAGAAGCGAAAGGGCGAUGUUAAUAAUGCUGCCGAUGUGUUGCGUGUGAUGGAAGCGCGCAAGAAAACAUAG